UGCCACCGUUGCCGUGCCGCUACUCCGGAUGGCAGCGAAUGAUGCGAUGAAAGGGGCGAUGGCGAGCCCUGGCCCUGCGUGCACAGACAUCAGCGGAGGGCUGGAGCGCACUCCUGUCUCGUUUCUCAACGAAGUGGAUGCUGAACAACUCCCUUACUUCGAGUACACCACCAGAAAUGUGCCGGGCCCUGGAUCGGAUGAGCAAGCAUUUAACGAAGUGUUUGCCAGCUGCAGCUGCCGGCCAGCUUGCAGCUCCCAGUGCCCCUGUGUGGUGCGCAGCAAACGGGCAAGAUGCGCCGCGACGAUCGAGUGUUCUUCCCUGUGCACUUGCGGCCCCGCCUGCCCGAUCCGUGAUGUCCAGCACGGCCUGCGUUGCAGACUGCAAGUGUUCAAGACCCAAACAAAAGGGUUUGGCGUCCUGACAAUGGAGUCCAUUCUUCGUGGCAGCUACGUCUGCUCGUAUGCCGGAGAAGUCAUCAGCCUCGAGGUAGCACGCCAGAGGGUAUCAAAGCUCGCAUGCUGCGAAUCGAACUACGUGAUGGUGUUGCGUGAAAACGGUGUGGUGACGCUGGUGGUGGACCCUAGUAGCGUCGGCGGUGUCGGGCGAUUUCUGAAUCACUCGUGCGAGCCCAACCUGGCUAUUACGCCUGUGCGUGCCGAGUGUGUUGUGCCCGAGCUUGCAUUAUUUGCGAAGAGAAACAUUAGUGCGGGCGAAGAGCUGACGUACGACUACUCUGGCGGCUGCCACACGUCGUCACAGAGAAGCAACACAAAAUGUGCCUGUGGUUCCAAACGGUGCUUCGGCUGGUUACCCAUGGAUAAACUGGUGCUGGGCUUCUGACCGUGUUGCCGAUGGUAUUUUGGCAAUACCAACUGCCUGUAGAAUUUCACCUAAUCAAACUAUCUGCAGUGUUUUACAUUUCCAGCAGUGUAACGGGCACAUGCGCAUACAUUACUAGCGCAGAGCGCUUACUCACCUAGAAUUCAACAAAGAGGAGGUUUGGAGCACACGAACACGUUUCAGCAAUGCAUGAUGAUGCCCGUCUUGUAGACGAGACCACAUCAGUCACAGUUGUCCAUCUCCCUCCAGCGCACCUGUAUUUCUUGUGUCUAAUUUUGCACGCAUCCACUUUUCAACCUUUGUAAGCAUAGGAAAAGUACCUAUUACUCAAGUUUACUUGUGGCAUUCAAGGAAGAGGAUAAAGCAUACGUUAUGGACAUUGUUGAUGCAGUGAGGAUCUCUGUAAAAUAUAUUGGAACACUAGUUGGUUCAUUCUAGUGAGCCACAAGAUCAACCAGCACUCAAUCUUUUUGUGAACCUCAUGUGCUGUCCUUUUUUCCAGCGUGCAUUUAGUAAUCAGCCAUUAGAAUGAUGAUCUUGUGCAUCAUGCAGGAGAAUAGAGCUGGACUAACUGUGCAAUUGAGCAAGGUACACAAAAUAAAUGUGUCAUUGCUAUGAUCAAAUCUUGGAAGCUUAAGUGAGGUUCUAUAGAACAGUAUGCUACACGUCUAGAAAAAAAAAUGAAGCUGCUAAGGGCUGCUAAGGCAUAGAGUUUCCUACAGUAAUCACUAAAAGGAACUCUGAUGUUAGUGUUGAUUCAGCGAGCAUGAUAACCAUGAGUAUGAAGAGUACCAAAUUAAACUAAGGAGCCUUGAUUGAAUUGAUUAUACAACAGAUGUUUAUUAAGUCUAAGAAUACAUGAGUAUGCGUAAUUUACCAUGCUCUCUUGUUCGCCAUCUGUUAAUGAUUGAAGCUGGAGGCCAUCACCAUUGCUGAGCUUCGAUUUCCUUCUCACCAGUUUUCGGGUAGGUCUUACGUUUUGCGCUCAGGCUCCGCUUUCUGUACCAGAGAGUAGUAAAUGGAUUUGCCUAAGCUUCGUUCUUCUGGAUUCGUACAGUUCUGUGACUUACAAAAUGGGUCAUUUGCGACAAAAUGUGUUCAGAACAUGACAGUUGGCAAUGCGUGUUCAUGCACACAGCUACUCAUCACUUUUAUGCAGUUAGAAAAAUAAGAUUGCUCUGAAAUUUAGGAAAAUGAUGUGGCAGUGCUAGUGUUGCCUCCUCUUCUGGUAUCUGCAUUUAGCAGCACUUGUAAAGAUGUAAGUGCCAGAUAAUUUAAACAUGAAAGUGUUUUAUGACGGGGCCCACUAAGACUUCACUGACAUCAUUUUUGUCAUGGAUGUGACGCCGGUAAAAUUCACAUUAAUAGAUGAGGAAGAAAAACCAAAGCAAAUGUUUCGUUGAUUUGGAUGACCUGGGAGGCGAACCCAAAACCUCCCAAGUGCCUUAUAUCUCUCGCAGCUUCUCCCUUUCACAGUGACCUUGGUUGGCGGGGGGCAGUGUCGCCAUCUGGGAUCAGUGAAGUACUGCAUCAUGAGACUGCUUCGGUUGUUUUGGCUUCCGGUGCAGCAAGACACACGCCAGCAGAAAGCGGAACGCCUUCCUGCUUUCACGGCUCAAGCUUUGAACUCUGCCUGUCGCGUUGCGUGGGAUUCAGCAUAUGGUGUGUCCAGGUGUAUGUUAACUACUUCAGCUACAACAAGGGUUGAAUCAUGAUCUUUGGUGCUAGUCGUCGGGAUGAAGAUGUGCCACUAGGCGUCAAUGUGGGCGCAUCCAUGUCAAAUGGUGCUACAACUGCCAAGCACCAAUAGACAUUGUGCAAGCUCUCGUACAUCGAUGUACAAUGAACAAUCAACUAUACUCCUGUGAACACACGGUUCACUUUCGUACUAUACCGAUUCCUAUGACGGAAGGAUCAACCAUGUUUUUUGACAUAAAACUGCUACUUUUGUCAUUAGUCAUGAUGUACCGUAAAAUCCCGAGCAAGCGCCCUUCCCUUCUGCCAUUUUCACUGUUUCAUUCACUCUUUCUAUUUACCCAAUGAGGUGAAUAAAAAUAGUGAAUGCAUGCGUGUUCAAUAAAGCAUUCCAUUAGAAGCACGGGUAUGCCUUUCAUUCUGAGUGGCUAUUCCGCCGUCAUCUUGAAUUUUGAUCCGUGACCGAGCAAGGGCCCCCCUUCCAAAUCUUAUCAGAUGA